AUGGAGUCUUCCCAAACUACCACGUACCCAUCUUCGACAUCGGACCUUCCUGGCACUGGCUUGGGUAGCCUGAUUCCGCAGUCGAACCCCGUGUCGUUCGACCUGAAUAUGAAUCUUUCGAGAAAGCCUCUGCCUGUUAUACAUAGCACUUUACCUACGUGGCGCCAGCAUGCACAUAUAGUACACAUCGUUGACUUCAACGUCGAACCGGAUGUGUUGACCACCGACGAGGCUCCGCCAGAAACCGAAAGCGGCAUUGAGAGUGGUAUAUUCAUACAGACGCACAAUAUUAGAAUGUCCGGGGAUCUUUACAUGCCUCGCCAGUCCCCAUACUCUUGCUAUUAUGAGCUCGAGCGCCAGGAAUUUCACGAUAUCACGCAACACGAAUGCUUCAAUUCCGCAUCUCCUAUCGGAUUCAUUUACGACAAAGACUACGAACACGACUUUGGCCAGCUUCUACACCAGAGUCAGCUCCCUUGUAUGAAGAACAGCGGUGCUUUGCCGAAUAAAUCACAUAGAAAUAACAAUGACGAGAACCUGUCACCCUGUACCACAACUGAAUAG